GUUUUCCAUUGAACUGUCAAUGUUUAUUUUUGGUUAGGAGGAUAGCGAGCUGUCAAAAUAUGUAACAAGGCGAGUAUUAGCCACGUUGGAAGGUUUCAAAUGAAAUAAACUCCAAGUUACAAUUCAAAUAAGGAUAUCAUUAAGUUACAUGUUUAAAUAAAAAUUUCGGCUUUUUCACCAUGAAAGUGAAAGAUUUGGAAAGAACUGCCAAUGUGGCAUGGAGCCCAAAAAACUGCAGCCCUAUUUAUUUAGCUGCAGGAACUGCCGCGCAACAACUUGAUGCCUCUUUUAAUACAAACGCCGCCUUAGAAAUAUAUUCUUUGAACUUGGCAGAGCCAGGUCUUGACUUAGAACAGAAAUGCUCUAUUCCUAGUGACCAUAGAUUUCACAAAUUGAUUUGGGGUGCCACUAGCUCAAAUCAAGGUACAAUAAUUGGAGGUUGCGAUAGUGGCAUCAUCAAAAUUUUUGAUGCUUCCAAGUUAUUAAAUAACGAGAAUGGAUUGAUAAUGCAACAAGAAAAACAUAAUGGGCCUGUACACUCUUUAGAUUUUAAUCCAUUUCAGCAUAAUUUGUUCACAACGGGGGCUAGCGAUUCUGAAAUAUUCAUUUGGGAUAUGAAUAAUUUACAGAAACCCAUGUCACCUGGAAGCAAACCUCAGCCGUUUGAAGAUGUUUUGUCUUUAUCAUGGAACAGACAAGUUCAACAUAUUUUAGCUUCUACUUUUGCAUCCAAGUGUGUAAUCUGGGAUCUAAGAAAAAACGAACCAAUUAUAAAACUCACAGAUACAGUAUCGAGAAUAAGAUGGAAAGUUGUAGCAUGGCAUCCAGAAGUAGCCACUCAACUCUGCUUGGCUUCAGAGGAAGAUCAUUCCCCUGUUGUUCAAAUAUGGGAUUUGAGAUUUGCCACAUCUCCUCUGAAGACUUUGGAGAAUCACGAAAGAGGUGUUCUUUCGGUGGCUUGGUGCACUGAGGACCCCGAUCUUCUUAUCAGUUGCGGAAAAGACAACAGAAUAUUAUGUUGGAAUCCUAGUUCAAGUCAACCUAACGGUGAAGUUUUAACCGAAAUUGCUAAAACAAACCAGUGGAACUUCGAUGUGGUUUGGUGUCCCAAAAAUCCUGCCAUUAUUGCUUGUCCAAACUUUGAUGGUCAUGUGUCGAUCUAUUCUUUGUUGGGAGGUAAAACUCAGCAAUUCCAAACUUCCGAUAAGAUAGCUGAUAGCUUCCCAGGUAUGGAUGGCUAUGCAAAAGCCCCUCUUCAAGCACAGAAUAUAGCGCCGGAGAGUGUAGAUUUGCCUAAACCGCCCAAAUGGAUGAGAAGACCUGUUGGAGCAAGUUUUGGUUUUGGUGGAAAACUGAUUUCCUUCGAAAACGAAAAACCCUCGGCGCAAGUUCAGUCCAACCAAAACGGGAAUUUAUCUCCGAUAUCACGAACAGUCCGUAUUAGCCAAAUAGUCACCGAAGAGGAAUUAGUUAAAGGUUCUGCUGAAAUGGAGGAAGUAUUGGAAUUAGGAAAUUUCGUAGAAUAUUGUAAAGAAAGGGCUGACAAAGCUGAGGACCAACAUAAAAAAUACAUCUGGCACUUUAUCAGAGCUCAAUUCGAAGAAAAUCCAAGAGCGGAGAUACUGAAUUUGUUAGGUUAUAGGAUUGAAGAUAUAAAUAACCAAUUGAAUGAGAUCGUUGGCAAAAAUACGAACAAAGAGAAAGAAUUAUGCGAUGAUUUUUCAAAUAUGAACAGAAUCGACGAUUUUGAUGUUAUAAAUAACAUUCAAGAUGAGGCGAAACCUAUCGCCCCUUUCAAAAUCAAUGUAGGAAAUGAUACAGAGGGUUUGAUAACACAAGCUCUAUUACUGGGAAAUGUAGAAGCAGCAGUGGAAUUGUGUCUACAAGCAAAACGAUUCACUGAUGCCAUAAUAAUAGCUAUGACAGGAGGUUCAGAGUUAUUGGCACGAACACAACAGAAAUAUCUAGAUCAAAGCGAAGGUUACAUAUCUUCCCUGAUAUCUGCGUUAGUUACAGAUAACUGGAAAUCUAUUAUCGAUAAUUGUGAUAUAACAAGCUGGAAAGAAGCACUAUCCGCUGCUUUAACUCAUGCUUCCGACGAGGAUCUGCCUCAUCUAUGCGAAAAACUGGGAUUCAGACUAGAAACGGAAUCCCAAGAUCGACAGGAGUUACUGAACAACGCGCAUUUAUGUUACAUAAGUUCGGGAAAUCUCGAGAAAUUGGUCAGUUCAUGGAACAAGAAUGUGUAUAGUUCGACAAAAGAUCUCAGAGAGCUGGUGGAACUUAUUGUUCUAUUACAGAAAGCAAUAGAAAGACAAGGCCGUCAUGUUUCGAUACAAGGACCUUUAAGCGAUUUAUUGUCGAACUACGCUUUGAUUUUGGUUUCCCAAGGUUGUUCCAAAGAAGCCUUAACAUACUUAGGUUCGUCUCAAAACGAAAAACUGAGUUCUUUGAGAGACAGGUUGUUGAUUCAUUUGGGACAGAAACCGGCUUACGGGCAGCCAGUUAGGCAACAAAGUCGUCACAGCAUAGGAAGACAAUCCUUCUCCAACUACCCUACUUACGGUUCCCCUAAUCAGUUUGCUCAACCGAACAAUCAAUUUGGCAACGUGGUUCCUAACCAGUUUGGUACCACUGCGCCAAAUCAAUUCGGAGCGAAGGCACCAAAUCAGUUCGGAGUACCAACACCAAACCAGUUUGGGGUUCCGGCUCCGAACCAGUUUGCUGUAUCCCAACCAAAUCAGUUCGGAGUUCCAACUUCCAAUUAUGCAGGUACGCAAACUCCACCGUUCAAUGCAAGUCAAGGUUUUAACAAUGACGCUCUCAACCCUCAACCGUGGCAAGUUCCAAGUGUGCCACAACCUUUACAACAAACAGUUACACCUCCUACAAAACCACCUAGUAUUAAGAAUAAUAAUAUUAACGCAACUGGUGCUGCUUCUGGUCUACCGCAAAGGAAAUAUAUAUUGGAUCCGUCUGUAACUUCGAACCAAUAUAACAGUGCCUUGUCAAGGAAUCAAAGUCUCCCAAAUCAACCAAUGGGAAAUUAUAACAAUCCUCAACAAUCUUUCAAUAGUCCAUCUAUGUACACUCCUUCUUUGCCCAUGUCACCAAUCGCAACGCAAGGAUUCAACUCUACACCAUUAGUACCAGCGCCUUCUAGCGGAUAUGGAAGUAAUUUCAAUGCGCCAUCUUCUUUUUCACCCAGUCAAACACCGAUAGCUCAAGAAGCAUUGGAUCUAAAUAAUAGAUCAGCAUCUGUGGCACCUGGUUGGAAUGAUCCCCCAACUUUAAUGAAAAGUUUGAAAAAUCAGAUAAACAAAGACAUGUCUCCGAGACACUCGGGUACCAAGUUGUGGAGUAAAAAAAAUGAGGUCAAACAAGAGGCCCCACAAAAAAUGGAACCUAUAACUCAUCCAUUCAAUGAACCUAUGAGUCAGCAAAUACCACUUCAAGGUGGCUGGCAGGACAAUGUCACCAAUGCCCCCUAUGCCCCCAAUGUCAACGCUAUGGAGCCUCCCAGAAUGUUCCAACCUGCGCCCACUGACUUUGGAAGACCACCACCGGCCUUCAAUGCAGAAUUCAAUAGGAACGCAGUCACCCCAAGUCUUCCCAACGAUAUGUCAGAAAACAGAAGAAACGAGACACCUGAUCCUGUUAUCAAACCACCCUUGCCAAACGCGCAUUUACGCAUACAGAAAUCUCUGGAUAAAUUGAGAGACUGCUGUGCUACAGCCUGUUAUCAACCGCAAAUGAAGAAGAAGAUAGAUGAUAUUGGAAGAAAAUUAGAGAUACUUUACGACAUGAUUCGUGAAGACAAGCUUUCCCCUGAUAUAUUAGGCUCGCUUCAUCACCUGACGAUGAUGAUCGAGCAAAGGGAAUAUACAUCUGCUCUUGAUGUUCACACGCAAUUGGUGUCUGGACCGUAUUUUGCACAGAUAGCAAGUUUUAUGCCAGGAUUGAAACUUCUUGUAUUAUGUGCUAUCCAGAAUCAAGUGUAUAUUUAACCGAAAUAGAAUAGUCGUCAUUUGAAUGAAAAAUUGAAGUAAUCGUGAAGUGAAAUAUGAAUAUGAAAUUCAACUAAUUUUUAUUGGUUAAUGAUUAGUUUGAGACCUGUAUUUGUUCACAAUAGUUUGAAAAUUUUUUAUUAAACCCAGAUAUGUGUUGAAAUGAUCCUUCUGUACUAAUAUUUUAAAUAUAUAUUUCGAGGUUUUCAAUUGAAUAGUUUGUAAUAAAUUAAGUUUAUAUUUUUUAAUAAAUGAAAAUAUAUAGAAGA